AUCUCCUGCGUGGAGGCGCAGCUCCGCCCCGCCUGCCUGCCUGCGCCUGGGAGCGCAGAGUGCGAAGCCUGCUUACGCCAAGUGUUGUUGCCUUAUGUAAGUUUUUUGGGGUGGAGAAAGUACGAGAGAGAGGCUUGCUUCCAAACGAGACCGGGACAAAACGAGGCGGGAGGCUAGCGAAGGAUGCUGAAGACUAUUAAGCAAGCACUCUUCUCUUCUGGGCUAGAGAUGCCCAAAUGGACACCACUGCCCAACCAGGGUCCUGAUUAUGAAAUUCGACAGUAUGAACCAGCCAAAUGGGUGAGCACAUCUGUUACCACCAUGAACUGGGAUUCAGCUAUCAAUACUGGCUUCACGAAGCUCUUUAACUAUAUUAAGGGCAAAAAUGACAGAGGAGAGACGAUAGAUAUGACUGCUCCAGUGACAUGCUUUGUGCAGCCAGGUGCCGGCCCAUUCUGCGAGUCAACUACAACCGUGUCCUUUUAUGUACCAUCUCAACACCAACCAAAUCCCCCUAAACCCUUGGAGGCAGGUGUCUUCAUUGAGUCAAGGCCAGGAAUUAUUGUAUUUGUCAGAUCAUUUGGAGGAUUUGCCAAUGCUAAGAAGAACCAAGAAGAAAUACUGGCACUUGCUGAAAGCUUGAGACGGGAUGGGAGAUCUUUCCAAGAAAAGAACUAUUAUAGUGCUGGCUAUGAUAGUCCGUUCAAAUUGCUCAACAGACACAAUGAAGUUUGGCUCGUGAAGAGAAGCUAAAACCUCAGUGGUGCACAUUAUAGCCGUGACAGCCAACUGUGCCCUUAACGAAAUCUAUUUUUUUCUAACAGAUUCAAUCCAUUUUUGUGUGUGUAAUGCUUUCUAAUAUUUUUCCCUAUUCUUCCCACUGCUGAAUUUUCUGUGCCAAUAUGAUAUUGACUGCAGUACCACCUUGUAUGCAGCCAUGUAUCUAAAAACAAAUUAGGUGCCAUGCUAGUAAGUGGAACACAAGUUAGAGAAUUUGAAACAUACAUUGAAAAUAUGACCAAAUUGUCUUUUUAAUAGCUAAUGCUCUUUUAUAUAAUCUCUUAACUGGGUCACACACGGUGUACUAACAGAGUUUUUAAAUUACUAGUUGUCUAAACAACUGAAAUCGGGAGUAUAAAAUCUCAGACUGAAACGAGAAAUAUUUGAGAGUAUGGAGAGAGGAAGCCCUUGAUGCAAUAUUUGACCGCAUAUUUUUUUUCUGCAACCAAAUUAUGGUUUGUUUUCAAAAAAGGGUGCCUGUCUCAAGGGCCUUAAGGCACCAGAACGUGUUCACUAUAGUAGUUAAUUACAGAGUGAUGUUUAGGCUUCAGAGGUCUUUGCUCUUAAUGGACAAAGGAGAUUCCUUACAACUUGGUGCUAUUGUGUGGUAUGCAUAUGUUAUAUACCAUAUUUAAAAACAGAUAACUUAUCAAAGGUGCAGGAAUGCUGUUUCAUCAGUUUGGGAAUUGAGAUGGUGUUUCAUUUAGAUGAGAUUGGGUUGUGUCUUGUUUGAUGAAAAAUCCCAUGACGUUUUGGGAGGCUGCAGAGUAAUGAAUUUUGUCUUCCAGCUCAUGACAGUGUGAUGCUCCUUGUGUAAGUAGAUUUUCUACUUUUAUAUGCUUUUAUCUGUAGCAUAUGACUGAUCAAUAUGUUGCCACAAUGAAAUGUGGCAGGUUGGCUAGGCAUUGUUUUCACCAGAAACAUUAAAAUGUGGCCUCUAUCAUACGUACUUGACUCCAUGUGUUAACAUGGGGAAAAUCUCUAUUUUAACUUUCACCCCUCUUUGGGGAGUUUCCUUACGAUUUUCUUGUUUCUUUCAAUGAAAUUUUGUUCAGGUGCUAAUAUAAUACUGAAAACUGCUAAUUACGUUGGUGCUUCAAAAUAUAUUGCUAUUUUUAAACUUGUGUAUACUACUGUGGGGGGCAGGAGAAGAGUAAACAGCAAAAGCUAAACAUACAUAAAUUAUAUAUGUAAAAUAAAUACGAAGAAUCAGUAUAUCAGCACACAUUAAGGUAAAGACUUAAACUGGGGCAGAUAAGACGGCAGCUCAUCUUGCAUACAGUCUGCCCACAAUAAUAUGUGUGUGUAUGUAUAUGUGUGUGUGUGUGUGUGUGUGUGUGUGUGUGUAUGUGUGUAUGUAUAUAUAUAUAUAUAUAUAUAUAUAUAUAUAUAUAUAUAUAUAUAUUCUUCAUGUCAGGAGCACCCUGAGUCGCUUCUAGUGUGAGAGAAUUGACCGUCUGCUUAAUUUAUAUUAAACAGCCUAAGUGAAUUGGGAAAGACAUGCAGUAAUUUCACAGCUAUCUAAGCAAACACAAUCUAUGAUAAAAUGAACCCAGAAUAGGAAGUAGUUCAUUUUACACAGAUAUAAAAAAGAUGUGGGCAGUCAAUGACUCUGCAAGUGGGGAAAGCUAAUGACUUUUACAAUUUAUUUUUUAUCCUGUAAUGCUUACUAAUGAAUGGAUCGAAACAAUGGAAUUGUUCAAGUACAAAUCAGCAACUUUGUUUGGCUGUGGAAUAUGAUGCUGCAAAACUUUAUAUUUCACUGGUUUCAAUAAUGUGCCCUCUUCUCAUCAGUUGUGAUUCUCUAAUAAAUGCAUACCAUUCAAAAUUUUAA